AUGAGUAAAGGAUAUAUUAAAAUCAUUUUUUCUCUUUUAAUAUCAUCUGUAUGUAUGGGCAAUAAAGGCCUUGCAGCUGAGGAUAAUUCAGAUAUUGAAACUUUACGAAGAUUUGCUCGAUCACCUACCAUAAGGUCUACUUUUCCCAAUGAAUAUCCAGAAGGAACAAGUGAGAAAGCCCCUUUCAACAUAUCUAUUGGCCCUAAAGAAAUUAAAAUAGCAGAACAACUUAUGGAUGAAGCCGAACUGUUAUUACAACAACAUGCUGUAAAUAAGAAUGGUUACAAAUUAUAUAAUAAACACGAGGAUUCAAUUGAACAUUAUAAGAAAGAUAAAGAUACCAUCAUUUAUAAAUUUAAUCAUAAAAUCAAAAAUCCCGAUAAGUAUGAUGAUAUAAUAGACGUGCUAUGGAAUCCAAAUAUCAAAUAUUUUGGUGAUAGGAUGAUUAAAGAAAAAAUUGUAUGUCAAUACUCUCCAAAUUUAAUGAUGAUCCUUCACCGUUACAAAAAUGAUGCUAUAUCGUUCCAUGGAUAUUACUAUGCUUUAGCCAAAAAAGUUCAAGUAUCAGACGACACAACUAUAAUUGUCUAUACUUCAUCUGACAUAAAUGACUACAACAAGGUCGAUAAAAGAAAAUAUACAAACACUAUUGUGGAAAGUGCAAACUUAUUCAAACCAAGAAUUUAUUCAGAAAAGGAUAUUAUAAAUGGUGAAUUGAAAAAAAUGUUUGUUAACUUAUCUGGAUUUAUAAUUAAAAAAAAACCAGAUUUUGUUGAUAUUACCUAUAUCGAUUCUAUUACUAUUAAUACCCCUAUUAUUGGAAAUUUAUUAACUGAAAUAAUUCACUCAGCACAAGUACAAAAUAUUAUGAGAUUGAGUGCCAUCAUUUCCAAGGAAUAA